AUGACGCCGCGCACGCGCUCUGGCAACGGCGAAGCCGAACCCAAAGUCUACUAUUCGAAGAAAGUGCCGCAGCAAGUACACUUUCCGCACAAACGCAAGACGGUGCGCCGACGCACCUCGCCAGUUCAAGAUGGGUCAGGGAAGCGCCAACUGGUCUUUGUGCCGGAGAAGAUGAAGAAGCAAGGUACACCAAGAGUGGUUGGGGACUCGGAUGAGGAAAGCGAAGGGGGUCUGAAAGACGGGGAUGUGUCAAUUUCCCCCCAGGCAGACAAGGAACACAGCAAGACGAGAAAAAGGAAGAAGACGGGCAGAAAUUGCGACAGUGAACCUUUGCAAGAAGAUGGUAGUGAAAAGGAUGAACCCGUUGGACCUGUGAAGAAGCGCCAACGGAAAGCCGCUGCCCCGAAGAACAAUCGGCGCUCGAGGCGUGUCCAACCCGACUCCAACGAUGACAACGACGGAUCGACCAAGCCUGAUAGAGAACGUACGCUGAGAAGGCAGUCAACUAUGACACAACUGGUAGAAGGACGGAAACCAUUACCAGGCUCCGAGGGCCCCGACUUUAGGCCUGUAAAGCAGGGGCCGCGUCUGAGCUGGAGUGGGAAAGGCAAAGCAACUAAGGAUGGGAAACAGCGGACGUUGACCCAAAUGGUGUCUGGCAUGCGUCCACUGGAGAUCAUGUCAGAUGAGGAUGUGGAGGAUACGCUGAGCGAUGUUGAGGCCCAGGAGGCGGAUAGCCAUAAUUAUCGAGAUGCGGUAGCGCGGCGGCUGGCGCAACAAGGGCUCUAUCGGAAUGAUCACGGCGACGAUGAAGAAGCUGGAGAGAACAUGCAACCUGGUGUGGAAACGGAAGCCCAGGAGAAUGAAGAAGUAGCAGACGCACAAGACGUACCUGAACUUGUAGUGCAGUCAGUCGAAGAUGAUACGAACGGAGAAGGUGAAGACAGCUACAAGCCAACCCAAUUCAUCGAUGCUCCCAUUACAACAGUAACACACCGGACAACGCGAGAAAGGGCGGUGGUACCAACCGUAAAGAUCAGAGAAGCAUCACAUGUACAACAGAAGGCUGUCAGCUUCCGCAAAGCCCGAUUCAGUCUUCUUUCUACCCCAGAGAAGCGACGUGUCCGUGAGAUACCAUCGUCUCAAUCGCCGGCUGACUCACCGCUAUCAACACAAUUUACGCCUCACAGGUUGCAUCGGUCGCCACUGAAGAGAUGUACAGGAAAUGAGAUCCAAGCACCAGAGACGCCGUCGAAACGUAAACAAGUCACUUUCAGGGUGCCAUCCAAGACUCCUGUGCCGCCUCCUAGUCUGAGGAAAUUUGAAAGCACAAUCCAAGACUCCGAGGAUGAAGAUGAGGGGAUUUUUGAGGAUGAUGCGUCAUCAAGCGGGCGUUGUGUCGGUACUGAAACGCAGGCAAUGAUCGAUCAGAUCGAUCAAGCUUGUGCUGAUGCAGUUGAGGAGAGUGAGGCUGAGGCUGGCCUAUCGCCGGAACUGGAUGAGGUAUCUUUGCUGAGGAGUCUUAAUGAGGCUUCCCCUGAACUUGGAGAGCCACAGACACAGUCGAGUGGCCGACAGCAGCGGACUGUCCCAGAUGAAGAUUCACACCCUCAUGCUGAGUUGAUCAGCAUCAAGCAAGAGCCUGUUGAAGAUGUAGAGGUAGACGACCUAACAGCGUUACAUGCUGCCCGAUCGCAACCACCACACAAGGGAUCCAUGGAAAGUUCUGCUACCAUUGCUGCAGAAGCAGAGCUACCCACCUUUACGGAACAGCUUCACUCCACGCCGCCAAUCGUCCAAGACACAUGCCCAUCAACACCCAUGGCAAUUCCCGAAGAUUCCUCAGACGAAGAAUCCACACCCCAGCCAAGAAAACAACCCAUCCAGUACCCCCCGCCAACCCAGGUUCAACAAUCCACAGAUCUCGACGGCGAACUAAUUCAAGUCCCGCGGUCCCCAACUCCUCGACGCUCCGAGACACAGGAAUCCCAGACCAGCAAAGCAGAACAGCAAAUCCAAAGCGAAUGGUUCUCAUACUCGCAAUAUGUACACAAUGCUCGACCCCCUCAAUCCUUCAGCAUGCAAGCCGCACCCGACGCGUUCAGCUACAACGCAACACCGCGACCUCCACCCACCACUGCCUUGAACCCGCACCAAAACCAACACGCUCACCGACACACAGCCACUACCACCCACGCCGCCAGCCAAGCCACCACAAUUGACGAAAUCACCCAGCGCACACCACGAAAGAACAACACAACCCAACAUGUCUUAAGCACACACACAACACCACACCGCAUCGCCAGCUCCCAACCCACCAUUUCACCUAUCAGACCUCCGCCGCUGUUCAUACCGAGUAGUUUCCCCAGUCCAGAAAGAGCAGGCGUCGAGGGCUGGAGUAGUCCUGUGCUGGGGGGUGCGACACAGGGUGCAGGCGGUGGCGGGUAUGGUAGGAGUAGUCAGUGGGGAGCGAGUUUGGAGGAUUUUAGUAUUCCGCUGCCGCCGCCGAUGCCGUUGGUAGGGAGUAGUUGGGGUAGGGGCAACGGCAAGGUAAAGAAGGGGACGCGGAGGGGGAGGGGUUGUCAUGGGGAUGGGUGUGGUCAGCCGGGGUGUGAGAGUUGUACGUUUGAUGUGGAUGACCUGCCGGUGGUGGGAAGGAGUGGGAGUAUUGGGGUUAGGGGCAAUGGCAAGGGCAAGGGCAAGGCGAGGGGGAGAAGGAGAGGUUGUGAUGGGGACGGGUGUGGUCAGCCGGGGUGUGACAGCUGUGCGUUCUAUUAG